AUGGCUAUUGUUAUAAAUAAAAGAAACGUGAGAGUCCUGGUGAUAACUAAUCUAUUAUUGGUUCUAGUGUUUUUGGUCGUAAGAAAUUCAAAUGCUAGCACUGGUGAAAGUGGUGUAAAGUACCAUCCUGGUUCACUGGUAACAUUUAACGAGUCGGGGAAUGCUCCAGGUACUCCCGAAUCUGUCCAUAAUUCAGUAGCAAGUAAACAAGACAAGGAAGUUGAUGAAGCGAAUGAAAAGAGUAAGGAAGAAGAGUUUGAUGCCGCUGCAGAAUAUGACACCAUACUAAAAAAAUCACACAUGGUCGUUUUCAGUAAAAGUUACUGUCCCUUUAGUAAAAAAUUGAAAGCUUUACUAGCUGAAUCAUACAACUUUUCUCCAACUUAUUACGUCGUGGAGUUAGAUCAGCAUGAACACACAGAUGAACUGCAAGACCAUAUUGAGAAGGUCACUGGUAGGAGAACAGUUCCAAACGUUAUCAUCAAUGGUAUCUCUAAAGGUGGUUGUGACGAUAUGGUCGCAUUACAUAAAGACGAUAAGCUGUUAGAAUCUUUUAAAGAGUGGAGUGAUGGCGCCUUUACCGUAGAAGCUGUUCCACCAUCUGAGAGUAUUUAG